AUGAGCUAUGAAGCCAAGAGCGAAUCUGCCGCAAUCGGAGCGAGCGGCAGUGAUGAUGUUGACUUGCUGGUACCAGUAUCGCUGGGCCGAACGCUUCGUGCACCGAGAAACGAGCAAGGCGAGGACGACGACCCAAUUCUUCUCGAGAACGGUGUUCUACCAACACUGCUUCCUCCCGAUGCCACCGAGCAAGAAAAUGGGAAAACUGAAGGUGUAAAGUCCACGAAGAAAGCGAAUGACUCCGAGACGUCGACAAAGCUCGAGGAUAAGUUGGAUGUUUGUCUUGGCAACGCAGAAUGGACCAUGUGCCAGGAUCAAGAGACUCCAGACGGUGCUUCGGCUGUUCCCGAGGGUCUUGAGCCUUGUGCCUUAGUCCCGGCUGACACGCACAUUGUACAGGAGAUUAUUACCCCUACCUCCCAGCCCGGGGCGUUUGCUUCCUAUCCAGGAGGCCGCGCUUCUCGGGUGCUGUCGUAUGCUCUCAUGCCGGACGAAGGAAGUGAUGACCCUGAAGCAACCGCAACCCACACAAUUGAGUCAUCCAGGCAUCUCCAAGAUCACUCAGGUCUGGCGGAAGCCACUCCGGUGAGCCACGAAAACCCUGCUGCGUCCUUGCCUGGUGCAGUUCCAUUUGAUCGUGAAAGGCUCCAAACAGAACGGACCAAGAAAGAUCGCCGACAGCUUCUUGGCCUUGGAGCUAUUCUCCUUGUAACGCUGGUCGUGAUUGUUGUGGUUGUUAUCGCUGUAACAUCACCAGAUGACCCAAACAGCCAAAUGGAGACUCGCGACCCUCUUUGGCAUCUUGCCCGAGUCUAG